UUGAACCGGAACCGUUUUUGCAGAAGGCAGCCUGGGGGUUUGCCGCUGCUGCUGGCGAAGGAAGAGGCUCUCCGGCGCUGCUCCUCCUCUUCCCCCAUCCUGCAGCCCACUGGCCUGAAGCCGAGGGGAGCCACCGGCCCCGGCCAGCCGAGGCGGCCGGCCAUGGCGCUACGGCUGCACCCUCCUCCGCCGCCGCCGCCUCCUCCUCCUCCGCAGCAGCAGCUCGCGCGACGGCCGGCGUAGCCCGGCUUUGCAGCACUGCAUGCCACUGCCGGCGCAGGGGGGUUGCAUGAGCCUCUGGGCAGAGCAGCAGCCGGGCAGCGCGGCGGGUGGGAGUCAGAGCCGCUGUCCCCGCCGCCGCCGCCCACUCCUCGUCCCCCAGCGGAGGCGGUGGCUUUCCGCGCCGCUUAUGGCUUCCCACCGCCGCUGGUGACUCUUGCCCCCGCCGCCGCCUUCCUUCCCCUCUGGUUCUCCCCUCCCCGCCCCGCCUCCUCCGCUCCUGCUCCUCUUCCCCGCCUGGCUGCAGCCUCCCUCGCCUGGCUGGCCGGUCCCGGCGGCAGGGAAGAUGGGGAACGCGACCUCCUGCUGCGUCUCGUCCAGCCCCAAACUGCGGAGGAAUGCCCACUCGCGGCUGGAGUCGUACCGGCCCGAUACCGAGCUGAGCCGGGACGACACGGGUUGCAACCUGCAGCACAUCAGCGACCGGGAGAACAUCGACGAUCUAAACAUGGAAUUCAACCCCUCAGACCAUCCACGAGCCAGCACAAUAUUCCUCAGCAAAUCUCAAACUGAUGUGAGAGAAAAACGGAAGAGUCUUUACAUAAACCAUCAUCCUCCUGGUCAAUUGAGAAGGAAAUACAGUUCCUGUUCCACUAUUUUCCUGGAUGACAGCACAGUCAGUCAGCCCAACCUCAAGUAUACAAUUAAGUGUGUAGCUCUUGCAAUAUACUACCAUAUCAAAAACAGGGACACAGAUGGAAGAAUGCUCUUAGAUAUUUUUGAUGAAAACCUCCACCCCCUUUCGAAAUCUGAAGUGCCACCAGAUUAUGACAAACAUGAUCCAGAACAGAAGCAGAUUUACCGCUUUGUGCGGACGUUGUUCAGUGCUGCUCAACUAACUGCCGAAUGUGCUAUUGUCACCCUGGUCUAUCUUGAAAGACUGCUCACUUAUGCAGAGAUAGAUAUUUGUCCAGCAAACUGGAAAAGAAUUGUGCUUGGUGCAAUCCUACUUGCAUCCAAAGUUUGGGAUGACCAGGCUGUGUGGAAUGUGGACUACUGUCAGAUCCUGAAAGAUAUCACAGUUGAGGACAUGAAUGAGUUGGAACGCCAGUUCCUUGAGUUGCUGCAGUUCAACAUCAAUGUUCCCUCGAGUGUUUAUGCUAAGUAUUAUUUCGAUUUGCGCUCCUUGGCAGAAGCAAACAAUCUUAGUUUUCCUCUAGAGCCCCUCAGCAGGGAAAGGGCAUGUAAACUUGAGGCUAUUUCUCGCUUGUGUGAAGACAAGUAUAAGGACUUCAGGAAAUCUGCAAAGAAACGGUCAGUCAGUUCGGACAAUCUGACCGUAAUUAGAUGGUCUCCUGCUAUUAUCUCCUAACAGUGAAGUCUGGGAUAGAAGACUCUAGAAGUACUGUUUCUAUCAUCAAUGCUGGGUGGGAGGGUUGGUUUUGGUGAUUUUUUUUUUUUUUGGUUUUUCUUAUUUUUAGAUCUGCCUUUACAGUGCCUCCCCUUUUGUGUAGCACACAAGAAUAAUAUAGGGACUGGUGAGAAGGAACUUUGGAAGAAGAUUUGUUGUUUAUUACAGCUCCUCUCCUUUUUUGGUGGGGAGAAGGCAAAUACAUGCAUGUGCUUAAAGGAGGAGACAUCAGAAACCAAUGUGAGCAUCAUUAAAGAGGAAAAGGAGGAAGAAACAGUCUUUAACAGAAGCAGUAGCGUGAAAACCAACAUCACGGAAGAAGGUUGGAAGAAAUGUUAUAAGAAAGAAGUUGGACAUGUUUGACAUCCUCUUCGGUAUCUUCUAUUGGUUUUCCCUAGUUUUGCAUACUUUUUUGCUCUUUGAGGUGGCUUUCUCUUCUGUAGCAACCAUGGAGAAGGCAGUACCUGUGGUAGCAUAUCAUGAGCCUCUGAUUAGAGAGCCUGUUUCUUCUGCCCCACACCUUGAUGCGCUUUUGUUCAUAAGCUGUUUUAUUAGCUUUCCUCCCUUAAUUCUUAUGGAUAUUGUUGUUCCUUGUGUGCUUUUACUGUAUUUUUGGGGAAACUGAUUGAUUUACAGUGCUGAACCAAAAGUAUACAAGAUCAGGUGAUUGAUCAUAAUUUCAUCCUCCCCCACCUUUUUUUUUUUUUAAUUUAUAGCAACCAGUUCCAUGAUGCUGCCCAUGAGGUGCAUUGUCAGUACUGGUGCUUUGUAGUGUAUGUGGUUGCAUGUGCCUUCCUAACUUUUUUGAGAUGGGUUUAUUUUUUCUUACUGUAAAGUUAUGGUUGUUGGAAGGAUUCAGGUGACAGUGAAGGUUGGGCCAACUUGGGAGACAUCUGCGUUAGAAAUAGUAGUCCUUUUGCAAGAUUUUCUUAGCAUUUAGAGCAGUGUUUCUCAGCCUUGGCAACUUGAGGAUGUGUUUGGCUGGGGAAUUCUGGGAGUUGAAGUCCACACAUCUUCAGGUUGCCAAGGUUGGGAAACACUGAUUUAGAGAUUAGGUAGAGUCAAGUUAGAGAGAUGUAAAGAAAGAGAGUGAGUGAGAGUCUUCUUUUGUACAGCCCAAAUAGUUGAUUUCCUUCACUUCCUGGUUCAAUGUUGCAAGCAAUAGCCUCAAGUUUUUUAUAUGUUUACUUUAAAUGGAAACCAAUCUGUUUAUAUAAAAGAGAAAAAAAAUUAAAAAAAAGUUUUUGUUCUAGUGGAAAAAGGGUCCAUGGAAGAAGAAGAAAAGAGGAGAAAUUGUGUGUGUGUGUGCGCGUGUGUGUACACACACACACACACGUAUGGGAAUGUGUGUGUAUAAUAAAAACAAGUGUUUUGUCACAGGUUAGAUUUUGGAAUAAAAACGGUUUAAAAAUGGGUUUUUCAGUGUAGGUGCUUAUAGGAAUUUAAACAAAAUGCAAACUGUGAAGAAAAUCUUGUUGCUUUGUUGAUUAUUUUGUACUUUUUUUUUUCUUACUACUGGUUCCACCCUUCCUAUUUUUUAAUGGGAUAAGCAAGUAAAAUACCAUAUAUAUAAAAGUACUUGUGCUCUAUACAAAUAACUGAGUUUGCACAUUGGAGAAAGGUGCCAUCAUAAAUAAAACCAACCAGCCAGCCAAAAUCAGCUUCAGUUUCCUGACUGUGGAAUUCACUUGUCUUGUUCCUCUGUGCAAAAAACAAUACUGCAAAAAGGGAUCUUUCACUGAUGUUGAUCCUGCUUUUUGGGUAUUGCUUCAGCAAAACAGAGAAAGCCUAUUUCACCAAGAAUUUCUCCUGCACCUCCUUGCUGUUCCAGGGUCCCCUUGUGCUUCAUACCUUCCAGGCAUUUAACAGGGGGCUUGUACAGGAUAAACAUCUGUCAGUGUACUCCAGCAUUCUUCCCAUUAGUUUCAGUAGUAGCUCAAGGGAGACAAGCAUAUUGAUUCCUUUUUCAGAUCCCAUUAAGCCUUAAAACCAUGAUUAUGGAUAGUUUACUUACAGACGACAGGACCCCCUUAUUUUCAUGAAAGAACACAUUCAUAUGGGUCAAUUUGGGGAGGAAGGAACAUGAUCCUGCCCUCAAAGGCCUGGGAUCAACAUAAAGGUAAAGAGCUCCUUUGCCCUUUUCUUUAACGGAAUGUUUUUUUUUAAGUGUCUUUGAAUUUCAGGAAAGCAGCAAACAGUGAGAGAAGGAACUGCCACUUUUAAAUUGAAGUGGACUAGAUCUAUGACUGUUGAAAGGAAUUGCUUUAUCAAGACUUUGCAGAACAGUUUGUUUCCAGCAAAAAGUCAUUAGGCAGGUUGACUUACGGAAGGGGAAGACAGAAAGAGAGGAAAGUUUGCGUUAUGUAAAGUUUUCAAUGCAUUUACUCUAAUUUUGUGAAGUUUAUUAAACAACUUUAAAGAUUG